AUGUUUCACUUUUUACAGCGUGGAUGAUCUAAUGAUGAAUGUUGAAAUUUUGGGAAAUUAUGUCAAAACUAAUUGGAUAUAUACAUAUUUUUAGAUGUCUACUAUCUUUUAUUGUUUGAUUCUGAAGAUUUUUUUUUCUUCAUAGUUUCCAAAUAUUUUGAGUUAAAAUCAUAAAAUGUGUUUUUCUUUUUUUCCAUUUAUUUAGAAGGGAUGUUUGGAUAUAUUUUCCUCAAAUGGGUAAAUGAUUUUAACUAAAGAAGACAUAUAAAGCUGACAUCCAACUUUUUGCGUGUUGGAGGAAUAAAAAGAGUCAUCAAGGAUGAGUCUAAUUGCCGCGUAAAUUGCUGUCAGGAUGGGGUCUGCUGUGGGUGCGUCGCACGCACGUUUGGCACAGAUCUGGGUCAUUCUUCGUGCAUAUUCCUAGUGGGGGUGAGGCAGGCAGGCAGGCUGGCAGUGCGCUCCGCUCCUGAUCCACGCAGGCUGAGCGCGCGCAGGAGUUCCGAUGAAGUCUGGGUCUCAGCGCGCGCACCUGCGCCAAGGACGCAGCUGAGGAGCUGCGCGUGGAGACAGGCGGCUCCACACUGGAUGGAGAACGAGCUAAACUGAAGACAUUUCUGCAGGAUUAUAAACUAUGAAGUUUGGAUCGUUGGAGCACCUGUGACCGCAGCGCCUCUCAGCUUCACUUGACAAACAUGACGCCCAAAUUCCUGGCUCCUGUCGUGCUUCUGUCGGUCCUUUACCCCUGCUCUCAUACAGCGGAGUACAGCGAGGAGGACUACGACGACACAACUGUCAAGCAGAUGUUGGCUCCCAGGUCCCAGGAAACCGACACCACGGAAAUCCUCAACAAUCUGCUGAAAGAAUACGAUAAGAAGCUGAGACCAGACAUUGGAGUGAAGCCAACUGUUAUCGAUGUGGACAUAUUUGUGAACAGCAUUGGACCAGUGUCUUCAAUAAAUAUGGAAUACCAAAUCGACAUUAUCUUUGCCCAGACGUGGAUAGACAGCCGCCUCAGAUAUAACAGCACCAUGAAAAUAUUAACUUUGAACAGUAAUAUGGUUGGACUCAUUUGGCUGCCAGACACCAUCUUCAGAAACUCCAAGAAUGCAGAUUCCCACUGGAUUACAAUGCCUAACCAACUGCUGAGGAUAUGGAAUGAUGGCAAAAUACUUUACACCUUAAGGUUAACCAUAAACGCAGAAUGCCAACUGCAGCUACACAACUUUCCAAUGGAUGAACACUCGUGUCCUCUUGUUUUCUCCAGUUACGGAUACCCACAAGAUGAGAUGAUUUACAAGUGGAGGCGGAACUCGGUGGCGGCGGCUGACCAGAAGCUGUGGCGUCUGUACCAGUUUGAUUUUAUGGGCCUGAGAAAUACAACAGACAUAAUAAAGACAACGGCAGGAGACUAUGUAGUGAUGACGGUUUACUUCGACCUGAGCAGGAGAAUGGGCUAUUUCACCAUCCAGACCUACAUCCCUUGCAUUCUGACUGUGGUUCUCUCCUGGGUCUCCUUCUGGAUCAAAAAAGACGCCACUCCAGCCAGAACGGCCUUAGGCAUCACCACAGUUCUGACUAUGACCACCCUCAGCUCUGUAGCCAGGACUUCACUGCCCAGAGUGUCUUACGUCACCGCCAUGGACCUCUUCGUCACUGUUUGCUUCCUGUUCGUCUUCGCUGCACUGAUGGAGUAUGCCACUUUGAAUUACUACUCGUACAGCUCUCGAAGACACGGCUGCAUGGGACCCAACAGAACGAACUACUCCGUCCUGAAUGUGAGACCUCCUCCACACACCAUCAUCGCGUUAAACAACUCCCUGUACUGGCAGGACUUCGAGGACACUUGUGUGUACGAGUGUUUGGACGGAAAAGACUGCCAGAGCUUCUUCUGCUGCUUUGAGGAGUGCAAAGGAGGUGGGUGGAGGAGAGGACGGCUCCACAUAGAUCUACUUGAACUGGACGCAUACUCCAGAGUCUUUUUUCCCACCUCCUUUUUGCUUUUCAACAUUGUCUACUGGGUAGGUUAUCUCUACCUUUAGUGAACAAUUUACCGCCGUUUUGUUGUCAAAAGCAGGACAAAACAGCUUUAAGCUGUUGUUUCUUACCAACACCAAGUAACUUUUUCCUGUGGAGCCUGAAGCCUGGAUAUGAAGAUGUUUUGGUGAGGACACAUGGGUCAUUUUCUGACAAGAUUCUGCCUCUGUGACUUCACAAUCACUGCUGAGCUCCUUUAUCUGCUGAACAAAGUGAGGAUGAACCGUGUUCUGACGGGAGACAAAGACAGAAAUGUUCUCUGCAGACUUCUUAGUCAGAAAAACUGCCUCUGUAGAAGGAAUCUUUCUAUACAGCCAUCAGUCAAACCCAGUUGAUGAAAAUCCAAGGACAUUCAAACCAUUCAUAGUGCCUUGCUAUGGAGGGGUAGAUAUUAUCUGCAACAAUAAUCAGGGAAUUAUUAUUUGUUACAAAAUAAAUAUAUAAGCUUGGCGCUUCGCUUUGACUGAUGAUGGCUGCAUUUGUUUCAAGUGUUGAGUUUUUGUUUGACGAAAAAACAUUCUUUUCCUUUUUAAUGAUUGAGUUACUUAUUUAAUAAUACUUUUUUUUAAAUUCUAGUGGCAUUGUUGAGUAAACUUGUUCCCUGAUAGAAAGUUAGUUCAAACUGACUGGAAUUCAUUCAUUAAAUUUCAUUUAAAGGUAUUACUGAAGGAUUUGCAUGUUGGUUUUUGAAAUAAGGAAUGAUUAAAGGCAGUAAAAAAGAGUCCAACAUUGAAUGUAUUUUUUUUUUCUUGAUAUAAAAAGCAUACCAUGUAAAAAUCCUGCUUUUGGUUUUAAUUUUAUGAUCACUGUUUAUGCUAUUGUCACAAAAACAAUUACUAUUACGUAUUGAGGCGGCAUCGGCAGAAUCUUCAAGAUUUCAUGCCGCCGCCUGAUUUUUGCCAAAAUUGUGGUCGUGGUUGUACGUUAUUUGGACCAUUAGGCAAAGGUAGGUGAUUAUCUGGGGCCCCCGCGGGUCCCAGAUAAUCAUCUAGCUUUGCCUAAUGGUAACUCCGGUCCUGGAUAUGUGACCAUAGUCUUAAGAUGUUUUUGUGUUACAAAACAAAUGAUCAAAUUUAGUUUUUCCUGAAGAGGUUCUGCUUGUGUUCAUGUAUUGUAGUCCCAGCCUGAAUGCUUGCAGAUUGAAUCCACUACUGAACAUGAAAAUUUAAAGCUUUUGGAGUUUAAGAUGAAAAGCAUGAUAUCUGAUCUAAAACCAGACUGUUGCCAUGACUUCAUCUCUUUUACUGUUUUGGACAACAACAGGAAGUUAGCUCAUUACAUCAUAGCUUCUCUUUUAUCAUGUGAUACUACACUGCAUAGAGGUUCAAACAACACAAAACAUAAAAAAAAAACUUUUUUUAAGUCAACUCAUAUAUGAGAAACUUCUGACAAAUAAACAAAAACAAAAGAGUAAAUACGAAUAAUCUCAGAAUUCUGACUUUGAUAUCAGAACG